CACGUCGCCACAUUCACCGACGAGUCCUUCUCAGUAUGUUGUUUGUUGCAAUUCUAGCGCUUUCUUUGGCUUAUAGCCAAGCAGCGGAGAUUUGCUCUCCUCCAUGUGGUUGUUUCAACAACGACGACGAGCCUUGGGUUGACACUGAUCUUCCUGAGACGUGGGAGGCGCAAGAACUGAGAUACGAGCUCUAUAAUCGCGAUGACCCUGAGAGGGCAAUUGACAUACGCUGGGACAACAUCCCCAACGAAUAUGACAGCACAAAACCAACGAGAUUCAUCAUUCAUGGUUGGUGGGGAAGGACUCCCCUCUCUCAUUGGACAAACAAUAUGAGGAAUGCCCUUCUGGAAAAUGGCGAUUACAACGUCAUUAUCGUUGACUGGACAGAAGGUGCGUCCGACGUAUAUUACCCUCAGUCAGCCAUGAACACUAGGGUUAUUGGGGCAUGUACUGGACACUUAGUAGACACACUGGUUAAUGCCGGAAACACAUACGGAGACUUCCAUUGUAUCGGGCAUAGUUUGGGAGCACAGACAUGUGGGUUUACUGGAAAAAGUACCAACGGUCGAAUGGCCAGAGUCACAGGAAUGGACCCUGCUGGGCCGGCAUUUGAGAUUUCUGACCCAAGAGGACGCAUUGACGCAGGAGACGCCCAAUUCGUUGACAACAUACAUACCAAUGGGAACAGUGAUGGGAUUAAUCUUGGUCUCGGACACCCAGUUGGACAUGCCGACUUCUACCCCAACAAAGGAGGAGAUCAACCACCUUGCGAUGACUUCAACUGUGAUCACGGAAUUGCCCAUGAGUAUAUGAGGACAUCUAUCCUAAACGGUUGCCGUUUUGAUUCCUACCCAUGUAAUAGUGACGCGGAUGCUGAUAUCGGUAGUUGUGAAUCGUGUUCCGGUAACUGUCAGAGAAUGGGUUACUAUGCCAACACGAUGCCUGGACGCGGGACAUUCUUCCUCAGAACUGUCCGUAAUUAUCCCUACUGCGAAUAAAAAUAAUCUGAUGUAUUUGCAUGGUUGUGGAAAAAUAAAAAUGUUGUGCAAAGUAUAA